GUCUUCUCAGAAUUUCCUUUCAUCCAAUCUUCGAUUUCUGAAAAUCUUCAGUAAAUUCUCAGUCAAAUCCUUUUCCAGGUACAAGAGAAGAGGAUUUCUCACUCAGUGUGGUGGAAAUGGCGGCCGGGAGAGCAGAUCUGGACGGGAAUGUGAUCAAUCCGAUUACCAUAUGCAUGAUAGGUGCGGGCGGUUUUAUCGGUUCGCAUCUGUGCGAGAAGCUGAUGGCGGAGACGCCGCACAAGGUGCUGGCGGUGGAUGUGUACAAUGACAAGAUUAAGCACCUUCUCGAGCCGUCGUCCCUCCCCUGGGCGGAUCGCAUUCAGUUCCACCGUCUCAACAUCAAGAACGACUCUCGCCUCGAAGGACUCAUUCGUAUGGCGGAUCUUACCAUAAAUCUCGCUGCUAUAUGCACUCCAGCAGAUUACAAUACGCGUCCUCUUGAUACAAUCUACAGCAACUUCAUUGAUGCUCUUCCAAUUGUUAAAUACUGUUCUGAAAAUGGCAAGCGCCUCAUACAUUUCUCAACCUGUGAAGUAUAUGGGAAAACAGUUGCUAGCUUUUUACCCAAGGAUAGUCCGCUCCGGCAGGACCCUGAUUACUACGUCCUUAAGGAAGACGCAUCUCCAUGCAUUUUUGGCCCUAUCGAAAAGCAGAGGUGGUCAUAUGCAUGUGCAAAGCAGUUAAUCGAGAGAUUGAUAUAUGCGGAGGGCGCCGAAAAUGGCCUCGAGUUCUCAAUUGUGAGGCCUUUCAACUGGAUUGGUCCCAGGAUGGAUUUCAUUCCUGGUAUCGAUGGUCCAAGCGAAGGCGUUCCGAGAGUUCUUGCCUGCUUUAGCAAUAAUCUUUUACGGCGCGAACCACUGAAGCUAGUAGACGGGGGUGAAUCACAGAGAACUUUUAUUUAUAUCAAAGACGCCAUCGAAGCUGUUCUACUCAUGAUAGAAAAUCCAGCACGAGCCAAUGGGCAUAUAUUCAACGUGGGCAACCCGAACAACGAAGUCACUGUCAGGCAGCUUGCUGAAAUGAUGACUCAGAUUUACGCAGCAGUCAGCGGAGAACCUGCGCUGGACACGCCUACAGUUGACAUAAGCUCGAAAGAAUUCUACGGCGAGGGAUACGACGAUAGUGACAAAAGAAUUCCCGACAUGACCAUAAUCAACAGACAACUUGGUUGGAAUCCGAAAACGUCCCUUUGGGAUUUGCUGGAGUCGACUCUUACUUACCAACACAGAACUUAUGCUGAAGCCGUAAAGAAAACUACUUCCCAAUCCGUGGCCAGUUAAGAACACGAGCUAUUCUGUAAGCCUUUCGGAUCUCCAUUUUAUGAUCUAUUUCUAUAAUAUAUAUAUAUAUAUAUAUUGUCGAUAUUAUGAAAAGUCAUAAGUCAUUCUUUGGAAUAUCACAAAGCACAAAUGUCUUGGUAGUGUAUGUUUGGUGGCUAAAACUCUGUUCCCUGCUGCAGCAUGUUAUGUUUGUUGUCUUUUCUGUUUAUGUCUAUUUGGUAUGUAUUGAAAAAUAAAAAAUGUUGGAGGACCAGUCGUCACGCCUGGUGGGACUCGAACCCACAAUCGUCUGAUUAGAAGUCAGACGCCUUAUCCAUUAGGCCACAGGCGCCUUACGUGCUACAAUUUAACUUUGUAAUUUAAUUAUAGAUAUAACAUAAUCGAAACCUUGUAUUGUUAUUAUUAUUAUUAUUUGGAAAUUUGUAACCGCUUUGCAUAAAUUAUCGGACCAAACACUCGCGAUAAAAGGAUAUUUAGGGUGUGUUUGUUU